AAUAACCCUGAGACAUGGAAUAGCAUAAAAUAAGUAGGAGCCCAUCUCAGUUGGCUGCCUUGAGGCUGUCCAGUGAUUGAGCUGCCUUACACAGACACACACACAUGCCUUUGCUUCCUCCUUCUCUCCCAGUCCCUCUGACCCUGUGGCCUGUCCCCUGUUGCUGCUGCCCUCUCGCUCCUCCUGACAACACGCUCCUCCCACCACCAUCCAGUCCCGACCCGACCCGGAGGCUCCGGCUGCGGCUGCUCCUGCUCCUUUUCCCGACCGCGUGCAUUAGGCAUUCAUGGCUUAUGCCACUGUCCUCCUGAGCUGUGCAAUGCAGUGCCGCAGAGCUCUGUGUAAACGGUGGCUGCAUCUCUCUGGCAGAAAAUCAAUGGCAUCUUCAGCCCAUCUCCACAUCUCAUCCAUUCUCAGCAAGCCACAACUGAGGAAGAGACAGUUCCACUGGACCACUGGUUACAGGAGCAGAGAUGUGGAGUUCACACAUGUCCGAUACAAUGUCCAACGGUUAGGAUUUGCUGCUGUCACAACAGAAGAUAUAGCAUUCUUUAAUGGACUUCUGCCUGGCUCUGUGGUGACUGAUCCCGAUAUUCUGGAAGCGAGCAAUGUAGACUGGCUGCGGACAAUGCGAGGGCGCAGCCAGCUGUUACUGCGACCUCGGACAACGGAAGAGGUUUCUCAGAUUCUUAGAUACUGUAACAGUCGGAACCUGGCUGUGAAUCCUCAGGGUGGCAACACUGGAUUGGUGGGAGGGAGUGUGCCAGUAUUCGAUGAGAUAAUUAUUUCAACCAUUCAAAUGGACAACAUAAUCAGUUUCAACAGUAACUCUGGAGUGCUUACCUGUGAAGCUGGCUGCAUUUUGGAAAACUUGAACAAUUACCUUGAGGAACAAGAUUUCAUCAUGCCCCUUGACCUGGGGUCGAAAGGGAGCUGCCACAUUGGUGGGAAUGUGUCAACCAAUGCUGGUGGACUGAGACUGCUGAGAUAUGGCUCCCUGCGUGGGACAGUACUGGGACUGGAAGUGGUACUUGCAGAUGGAGCCAUCUUGAACUGUCUAUCAUCCCUUCGCAAAGACAAUACAGGUUACGACCUCAAGCAGCUUUUCAUAGGAGCUGAGGGGACACUUGGAAUCAUCACUGCUGUGUCUAUUCUAUGUCCAAGAAAAUCACCUGCUGUCAAUGUAGCACUACUAGGUUGUGACAGUUUUGAGAAGAUCUUGGAUAUAUUCAAGGAAUCCAAAAGCAUGUUGGGUGAAAUUCUCUCUGCGUUUGAGUUCUUGGAUUACAGUUGUAGAGAGGUUGUCUGCGAGCACCUUAAACUGCGAAACCCACUGCAAGAAACACCGUUUUACAUCUUGAUAGAAACAUCAGGCUCCAAUGAUGAUCAUGAUCAAGAGAAACUCAGUCAUUUCCUGGAGAAAGUCAUGACCUCUGGUCUCGUAGCUGAUGGAACUGUGGCUACUGAGGAAAAUAAGAUCAAGGUACUGUGGGCUCUGCGGGAACGCAUCACCGAAGCACUGGUCCAUGAUGGCUUUGUAUACAAAUAUGACAUCUCAUUGCCGCUGGAGAGAUUCUAUGAGAUUGUCAUUGACAUGAGGAACAGACUGGGGGUGAGGGCCAAACGUGUCGUUGGCUAUGGGCACCUUGGCGAUGGAAACUUACAUUUGAACAUUGUGUCUCCCGCAUUUGACCAGCAGUUGCUGGACUCCAUUGAACCCUAUCUGUAUGAAUGGAUCGCACAACAUUGUGGCAGUAUCAGUGCUGAGCAUGGACUUGGCUUCAAAAAGAAGAACUGCAUCUACUUCAGUAAGUCCAGGGCAGCAGUGCACAUGAUGCAGCAGAUGAAAGCGAUUCUGGAUCCAAAAGGAAUUUUAAAUCCCUAUAAAACCCUCCCAGCCUUCACUCAGUGAACUCACUUAUGAGAACAUAGAUUUUAUUGGAAGACCUGGCUGCAAGAUUUUGAUUUUUGCUAAUUUUGUGCUCAUCAUGAUGGAGACAAUUGUGGCUGAGGAAGAAUUAACACAGUAUCAAGCCCAAUUCCAAGUUGCACAUCUGUUUGAAGAAAAAUAGAACGUGUAUCUAUCUCGCACUUUCAGGGAGAGCUGAAACACUUCAUAGUCAAUUAAUUUCUGUUUAAUUGUUGUCAUUACACAAACCUGGAAACCAGUUCCAUGUUCAUCAAGUUCAUCAUGUACAUCAUGUAUAGCAGUGUGAUCAUGACCAGAUAAUCUGUUUCAGCUUUUUAUUGAACAUUGGCCAAUAUUCUAGGGAGACAUCUAUUCCUAUUCUUCAGAAUUUACACUCGCCUCAAGAAUAGAUGGGACUUCGGUGACAAUGCACUGGAAGCAGGUUUCUGGAUUGAGACUUGAACCCAUAACCUUGCAAUCUGAGGUAAGGCACGGUGAGGCAAGGCUGACAACUAGCUACCCAGCCCACCCCUUUUAAAGCCACCAGCUUCUUAGAGGUGACCAGGCACUGUGACAUGUUUUGCCAAUGGGCCCAUGUCCACUACAAACUGAUUGAGUCUGCAUAAAGUUCAUACAGAAUUCUUAUAGUCAAAAGACUGGGCAACCUCAGUCCAGGACUCUGAGCGAGUUUCAGAGGAGAGUGUUGAUUCUUUACACCACUGUGCAGACCAUUGGGAAAUACUGAGUGAUGAGCUGAUAUUCCCUGCCCAGCUCUGUGUGGAAUUAUAUUGUGUUAUCAAGCAAGAAAGGAGGGAGGAGGAUUGGACAGAAGUAAAGCCUGGUUUUAUGUGGCUUCUGCUUGUUGUUGUGUUAUAUGUGAAUUAGCAGAGUUAAAAAGAGACACUGAACACUGGAAUCUAAAACUGAAGUUCAAACAAGUGUCCCAGCUGAAGUAUUGUAACUCUCCAGUCUUUCCAGGCCUAUGCUGUUCUUCCAGCAGUAUCUUAUUUUAUGGGUGAUCAUCACUGCUUUUGGUUUUGAGUAACUCUGUGGAUCGGUAAGGGAUAGAUGAUCAAAAUACAUCUAAACCCAGACAGAGAAGAGCCAUAAUUUUGAGAAGCAUCUUAACAGGGCUGAGAUUGUUGGGGGAAAUUGGGCACCCAGGAGUUCAAAUCAAUGCCAUAAAUCUUGGUCAGUACACUGGGUUUGAAAAAAGUUGAGGCAGUGGCAGAGACUGAGAGAGAAAUAACCCCUGCACGUCAAUUGGUCAGAUUGUGGAGCACAUGCCCCUCUCUAAGUUAAAUACAAAUCCUUCAAGUGGUCUGUUGUAAACAUGGACAUUAAUUUUGGAACAAUACACAGAGACUGAUUGUAUCAAUUGACUUUAAUCAUAUUUCAUGUUCUAUAUGUUUUACUUAUUGUGCAAUAAAGCAUCUUACCAAAAUAA